CUAGAUUUCUUUUAGCGGCCUGUGCUGUAACAUAUAUGUAUAUGUAUCUUGUUUGUUUUCUAAUUUAAGUGGUAUUAUACUUCAAAUUAUCGACAAAUUAAGAUACAAUUUUGAUUCUGUUAUUGUAGCUAAAACUGAAAAUAAUGAGUUUGAUGACUUGUAUGCGUUCUAUAGCAAUUAAUCAGAAUACUUUAUCAAAGAGGUAUGUACACGUUAGUGCAGUAUGUAAUAAAACACAAGCUGGACGUUAUAGGCCUAAACCAAACAAACCUCAAUACCUGACAUAUGAAAUGGCAAAUCCUCCUCAUUAUAUUGCUGCUAGAAAGUCUUGGAAUUCUUGGAAUACGUCAAAUGUAAAAGAUGGUAACAGACCAUCGGAGACUACUAUGGAAGACAUGUUUAUAAGAAAUUUUAUAAACGGAACAUGGCACCGUCUGUUUGUAAGCGAAGUCAUUAUUAAACGACAGCAUAAUAUAAUUAGAAUUGCUGGAGUUGUUAAACGUAGGAUUACACCUAUACAAGUUUAUUUUUUAAUGGGUUAUACCGAAGAGCUCUUAAGUUAUUGGUUACAUUGUCCAGUCAAACUGGAGUUCGUAACCGUAAUUUCAAAGGCAGCUAUUGUAUACAAAGUAAUAUAAAUAAUUUUAAAU